UGUGUGGGGAAGGGAUGGGGGAUGUGUGGGGGGAAAAGGGGAGGUAAACUACUAUUAUUUACUUCCAAUUUUCUUUCAAUUUGUUUUGUUUUGUUGUUUUCUUUAAUCUUAUUUUUUAUAAAAUCAAAAAUUUGUUAUUUUUUAAUUUCUUGGGCAUCUUUCUUUUUCUUUUUUAAUUUUUUUAAAUAAAAUACAUGUACUUGUUUAAAAAUAUAUAAAAUUUAUUGAAAGACUUGAAGCUUCUAAGGAAAAUAAAUUUUUUGGGAGGAAAUUGAGUUUAAGUAUUAGUUUAGGGAGGAGGAAGUGUGAGGUGAUUUUUUACUAUUUAGUUUUAGGUUAAAAAAGAAGCAAUAAAUAAAAACACACACACCUUUUUUUUUAUUUGCAACGGAUAUAGGGGUAAUUUGGCGAUUAUUUUGAAUGGAAAAGGUGGGUGAAGAAUGGAAGGAAAUUUUUU